AUGGAAGGGGAGGAGAGAAAGGGGGAAAAAGAACAGGGAGGCACAGAAGAGGAAAGGGUAAUGAAGAGAAGAGUGCAGGGCAAUUGCAAAACCGAGUGGUUUGACCGCGAUAACCCAUCAGGAAGUGGUGAUUAUGAAGAUCUUGUGAAUCUCCGAAAAGAAUAUCUUGAUCAGAUCUGCAGUAACCCGACUGCCUGUGAAGUGGAGACUACAUCAGGAAUUUCAAUCUUGAGCACUGGAGACAACAUUUCUGACUGCAGCAUUUCUGCUGGAUUUUCUUGUGUCAAUAAAGAGCAAGAAGACGAAAGCUGUGAAGAUUAUAAAAUACGAUUUACCUGCCCAGAAUCUUUUUGCAACUGCCAAACCCAGUGGUUUGACCGUGAUGAUCCAUCAGGAAAAGGCGAUUAUGAAGAUCUUGUGAAUCUCUGA